CGUGAGUCUUGACCAACGUCGAUCAAAGGUCUCAAACGAAAGUGCCCUCAUUCGUAGCCAUGUCUGCUGAGCCCUCCAGAAAGCGAUCACGGUCUACCGAUGGGGCAGAAGAGAGUGAUUCUUCUGACGAUGACUUUGGGCCAGCUUUGCCUUCCUCAGUUCCGCCGAAAAAGAAACGCAAGCUUCCCUAUGAGUCCCUGUAUGUGGCAGCUUUGCCAAAGGGCCUGAGAUACUCCAAGUCGUUAAUGCACAAGGACCAGGUCUCCACCGUAACCAUCGCUCCGUCACCUGCUGACUUUGUCAUAACCACCUCAAUUGAUGGAGUCGUCAAGUUCUGGAAGAAGAUUGCAACCGGCAUUGAGUUCGCCAAGGAGUAUCGUGCACAUGAGAGCCGGAUCGUCAGCUCUACUGUCAGUGUGGAUGGCGCUUUCUUCGCGACAGCUGGCGAUGAGGAUGAUAAGACCAUCAAGAUUUUUGAUGUCAUCACUUUCGACCUGUUAUCAAUCCUCAAUUUGGAGCAACCGGCGACUUGUAUUUGCUGGGUUCAUCGGAGAGCGCAGACGCCAGUACUAGCAGUAGGUGUUGGCAAAGAAAUUCAUAUCUACGACGGCCGUGGUGACUCUCAGACGCCGAUGCGGACUAUGUCUUCGUUGCACCGCGCGCCUGUCGUUGCUAUGGCGUACAAUUCGGCGUUCGACUGCGUGGUCUCGGCCGACUCAGGUGGCAUGAUCGAGUAUUGGCAACCGGGAGACAACUACGAAAAGCCUGACAGUGUGUUCAAAAUGAAGUCGACAACAAACCUGUUCGAUUUCAAGAAGGCCAAGUCCACCCCUUGCUCGAUUACGAUAUCGCCAUCAGGUCGUCAAUUUGCCACGUAUUCGUUUCCUGACCGAAAAGUCAGGGUGUUCGACUUUGCUACGGGCAAGCUAUACCGUUCAUACGACGAGUCUAUCGAGACAAUAACGGCCAUGCAACAGGCUGGUACGGCGCUACAAAAGCUCGAGGAGGUGGAAUUUGGACGGAGACUGGCUGUUGAGCGGGACUUGGACAACCCGAUUGUCAGAUCAAGAAUCAACGUUGUCUUUGACGAGUCUGGGCACUUUAUCGCCUACGGGUCAUUGCUAGGUAUCAAGGUCGUCAAUACGCUCACGAAUCGGGUGAUGAAGGCCUAUGGCAGGGAUGAACCGUUCCGAGCGCUCAACGUAGCCUUGUACCAAGGUGCUCCGCAGAAAAAGGACAUAGUCACGGUCUCAAUGGCUGCCAGUGCAAAUCCUCUACUGGACGAAGCAGAACAACGGGACCCUAUGUUGUUCGCCACGGGCUAUGGCAAAGUCCGGUUCUACAUGUUCGCGAAUGAGGAAGAAGUCACCAAGUCGACGCGCGAUGUUCAGAACGAAAAGCCUCGAGUCGUUGGAGGCAAGAAGAAGGAAACGAAGCAGGCUCAAACAGGCACUUCUGCCGUGCUCCAUACCACUUAUGGCGACAUUCAUAUCCGACUGUUCCCGGACAAAGCACCGAAAGCUGUGGAGAACUUUGUGACGCACGCCAGGAACGGAUACUACAACAACACCAUCUUUCACAGGGUAAUCAGGAAAUUCAUGAUUCAAGGUGGGGAUCCACUUGGCGAUGGCACCGGAGGGGAGAGUAUAUGGGGCAAGGAGUUCGAGGAUGAGUUUUCCGACUUGAAGCACGACAAGCCGUACACUGUGAGUAUGGCGAAUGCAGGGCCGAAUAGCAACGGAUCGCAGUUCUUUAUCACUACGGAAAAGACGCCUUGGCUGGAUAAAAAGCAUACUAUUUUCGGCCGGGCGUACCAGGGGCUGGAUGUGAUUCAUCAGAUUGAGAACACCAAGGUGCGGAAGGAGAAGCCUGAGGAGGAUAUCAAGAUCAUCAAUAUCUCGAUUAGCUAGAUGAACGUGCGGGAAAUGCUACAAGAAGUUCUAUUCCCC